AUGCCUGGACUGUGGGCAGGAGUCCCACGGUCCUCUAGAGUGCUAUUUAUCGUCCUUGCAGCAGUUCUACUCAUCAACCCCUCGCCAGUUGUCUUUGGCCUCAAGACAACCUCAGGCUCACCGUGUACAGAGAAAUGCCAUCAGAAUGGCGCUAACACGACCGUGAGUGACAUUGAAUGCCUGGACACCAACUUCAAUGUCUCGAAAGGCGGUAUAUUUCACGAAUGUAUCGCCUGUCAACUGGAAAGCACCUAUGUAGAUCGAAACAGUGGGGAAACGGAUGUCAACUGGGGUCUUUGGAACCUCCGCUAUACACUGACUAGCUGUAUUUUCGGGUAUCCAGGCUCGGCGGCCAACAUUUCGACCCCUUGUACUGUCGGGUGCCAGAAUAUUCAAAGUUCGCUGGAAACUGACCUUACGAAUCCCAACUCUGAUAACUUCAACAAUUGGUGCUCAGCAAAUGGCUUUGCCGACAACGUCAUCAAUGAUUGCGAGUUCUGCUACAACCUGACAUACGGCCAAGUCGCCCCGCAGGUAUACAUGGCAAACUUCCUCGAGUCCAUCCGAUAUAACUGCCAUUAUGAAACAAAUAUCGGAGAUGCCUUCGCGAUAUCCCCGUCUCGCAUCUUUACCGAAUCCCUCUUACCAUCCAGCAUGUCGCUCUCGACGUCUACCACCAGCAGCAGCUCCGGCGUGAACCUCGCCCUCGUGGUUACCGUGCCGGUCCUCGCCUUCGUCAUUGUACUCAUCCUCUUGGGACUCUGCUGCUUCUGUUAUAUACGCUACCGCCGCAAGCGCGUGCGCAGCAACCGCGAGAACAACCCUCUCUACGCCCGCUGGCACGACACAACCAUCUCCACACCCAGACAGAACCACGGCUGGGAUAACCCGCACCAAGGCAAUGCCGCCUCAUACGGGGCCGGUUUUGGCUUCGUGGACAGCGACGGCAGCACCCAGAGCGUCGGGUAUGGGUACGAACACGGCAAGACACCCUAUCAGGACAAUAUCUCCGAGGCGUACACUAUGGACUCGCGAACGGCGCUGCAUGGCACACAUGGUUUUAACCCGGAUCAUAAGAUGUAA